CGUCGCGACGCGAAGCUAGGACGAACAGCGUACAUCGAAACGCGAGGACAUGCUUCGACGCCCGAUUGCGGUCGCGCAAGGGAGCGGCAGCGGGAGCAGCAGGCGAUGGGAGAAGGAAGCAUCCGAAUUCUGGAAGCACAUGCCGACCAAGGACAAGCCGUCGUCGUCGUCUCGGGGCCGUGUGUACGUCGCGGCCGCUCUGACAAUUGUCGUUGUUGGCAUGGCGUACGUGGUGCACCGUGGCAACGCGGGCUCGACGCCGUUGGCCUUGUCCAUCGAAGACACAGUGCGGACCAACUGCACCGCACUGGCCGUGCAAUCCAAAUGGCACCAGGACAUGUGCGAGAAAGUGUGCCCGUCGAACGAGUUCAACGAAGCGUGCAUGAGCGGGUGCUAUUACGGCACGCUGACCGUCACAAAAGCAGUGUGCGCCAACCGCACCCUCGACGCUCCCCAGUGGACGUCGUGUACGUUUCCCAUCGAUUGUGCCGGAGCAUGCGUCGAAUACGCGCCCGUGCGCCCGAUUCCAGCCAUGCGAAACGCGUGCGAAGGGGGCUGCAACUCGGUCGUCCCGUCCGCGUGCAAGCGUGCCGUCGACAUAUUUGACCGCGCUGUCAAGAGCUACAAGUGAACCAGUCCCCCCGCCCCAAUCCUUGUAGGAAGGAAAUGUUACAGAGACUGGUUCGUCACCC